UGGGAUUAAGACUUACCGCUAUCGGAGCGACAGCGCUAUCGGCUAUAUACAAGGAGGGACUCAAAAAGUAGAUGAGAGCCGUCCUUCGCUUGUCCAUAGCACGUUUCACUCAGUUCUGUCAUUUGAGAUUGCAAGUUCGAUAGCCCAUUGUAAAUUUCCUGGGCACCAUGUCGACCUCCACAACUAGCAAUGGCUCCGGAAACUCGGAGAUGACUCUGACCUUUCUGGGAUGCGGUAAUCUCGGUAUCGCAAUUUUAGGCGGUGUUCUGGCAGCAGUUACUGAAGCCAAAAAGAACCCCAACCAAGCCCAGUCGUCCUCCGAGGACUUGCCGUCUCAGACACCUACGAAGUUUAUCGCCUGUGUUCGGCGAUCCGCGAAGCGUGUACAAGAUGCGGUCAGCGCAUACCCUGACUUCCCAGUGAAGAUCCUGCAGAAUGACAACGUCACCGGUGUGAAGGAGGGAGAUGUCAUUAUCCUGGGCUGCAAGCCGUACAUGGUCAAGGACAUCCUGGACGUCCCAGGCAUGCGGGAAGCCCUCAAGGGCAAGCUGCUUAUCAGUAUCCUGGCUGGUGUUCCCGAGAAGCAGAUCGAGGAUGUGCUCUACCCAGAUGACUCGAUUCCGGCAGAGAAUAGAUGCAGAGUUGUUCGCGCUAUGCCUAACACUGCUGCCUUUGUCCGGGAAUCGAUGACCGUCAUUGGAAUUCAGAACCCGCCUCUCCCAGACGAUCUGAAUAAACUGGUGACUUGGAUCUUCACACGGAUUGGUCGCGUGGUGCAGCUACCACCGUCUAACAUGGAUGCAUGCACUGCGUUGGCAGGAUCGUCGCCGGCUUUAUUGGCACUGGCUCUUGAAGGCAUCGCUGACGGCGCUGUGGCAAUGGGCAUCCCUCGUGCAGAGGCCCAGCUUAUGGCCGCUCAGGUCAUGAAGGGAACUGCUGGUUUGGUCUUGAACGGAGAACACCCAGCUAUUCUCAAGGAGAAGGUCUCUUCCCCAGGUGGAUGCACUAUCGGUGGACUGCUCGUCCUGGAGGAGAACGCUGUAAGAGGCAGCUAUGCUCGCUCAAUCCGAGAAGCAACUGUUGUUGCUAGCCAGCUCGGACAAGGUGUUAAGAAUGUUAAUGGCACUCGAUUCUAGAGCGACGGGUACCAUAUAAAGGUCAUAGAUCUCAUUGCUAUGAUUUCAUAAAAACCCCUCACUUUUAGGGACGAAUAAUGUUCGUUACUUACCGAGAAGUCAUCACGAGAUUUUAUAUUUGACUGUCGGCUACGUUACCGAUGGAUAGAGAAUACCCCAAAUCAUAGC